GCUGGGCGAAAUACAAAACAUAGAAGAAGAGAGUGUUGCCGCUGGUGUGUUUCCGGUUGGACUACAACGUGUGGAGAAACAGACAACAUGGCAGAGGACAUCCCUGUGGAAGACUACCCUACUGAGAUUGAGGAGCAGCUCACAGAGUUUGAGUCAUCAGUCGGUGCUGUCAACAACAUGGUGCAGACCAUCCUAUCCAUGCCAAGAAAUGAGCUGGUGCAAAAACUGGAUCCUCUGGAACAAGCCAAGCUGGACCUGAUGUCUGCAUAUAGCCUCAACUCUCUUUUCUGGAUGUACUUGGUCACACAAGGAAUAAACCCCAAAGAACAUGCAAUCAAGCAAGAGUUGGAGAGGAUCAGGACGUACAUGAACCGUGUGAAGGAGAUCACUGACAGGAGGAAAGCGGCCCGUCUGGACAAAGCAGCGGCAUCUCGCUUCCUCAGGAACGCCCUGUGGGAACCUGAGGAAGGGGGGUCAAAGGACACGCCGGGUCGUGCCCCCCAACACACACCAGGUCGCGGUCGCAUCACACCGGGUCGCGGUCACAACUCACCAGGUCGCGGUCACAACACACCGGGUCGCGGUCACAACACACCGGGUCGCGGUCACAACACACCGGGUCGCGGUCACAACACACCGGGUCGCGGUCACAACACACCGGGUCGCGGUCACAACACACCGGGUCGCGGUCACAACACACCGGGUCGCGGUCACAACACACCGGGUCGCGGCCACCACAAAAGAUUUGAUGACCAUCAGUCAAAAUAACCCAAACUCAGCUGAGAGGAGGUGCUUCCUCACUGGCCUCGUUUCCUUGGCCCCCUUUCUAUGUGCACCUGUCUGAAAGAACUGGACAGGUGAAAGCAGAGCCUUAUCACGUGUUACCAUGGUGUUACCAUGGUGUUACCAUGGACAAGUGACUAAUGAGUCACUGUUAUUUUUACACAUGUUUUGUGCACAAGUAGAAGUUUUAUCAAAUUGUUUUAGUUUAUUUCUCUCUUCAAACAUUUAAAGAAGUUGUCAUCAUAACAUCAGACAGAAAAUGUCCUACCAGUGCUACCCUUAUUGUCUCUGAACUAGAUUGAUACUUUUUAUAUGCAUUUGUUUUAUUUAGUCAUCAACUUUGUUUACGUUGCCUACUGUAAUUACAAAAACGCCACUCUGGAAACCGUCUCCAGGCGACGCUCAUUGACCAUGUCAAUGUAGAUCAGACAUGUCGCCAUGUUUUAGAGAGGAUUCCGUUUGGUUGGUAAUCACUGUCUAUGUCUGUAUUGGAUCCAUCUUGUUUCGGUCAGUUUCAACUGUCAACUAUAAAGCCUUUAUUGAUGCACA